CACCUUUGCUUGCUAUCCUAUCCUCCGAUUCGAGGCCACCAUGGACAUUCUUCUAUUGGGAGGCGCCGUCGUCUUGUCGGUUUCGAUUCUGCGUCCGUCUCCGUUGUGUCAUCAAUAUCUUCACCUCCAAGAAGAGCAGACCAAGGGAUUCCGCCCUCUUUCGAUCACACUUGGAUUGUCUUCCUGCCUCUUUGCAUUGAGCGUCUUGGAAGCGACUCCUUCUUCCUGGCUGUUAUUGCUGGACAACCAGGUUGUGGACACGACGGAUGAUGGAAGCUCGAAGGAUGGACCCGACAAUGAAUAUUUGACGCUGACCUUUCUCUAUUUCGUCAUUUUGACGGCACUUUCCAUCUACAUUCUGGUGGUCUGCCCUUGCAUGGCGGGAGCGCUGGUACUCGAGCGAGUCAUUCUUCGACCCGAUUGCAAUCUACUCUGUGGUUGUCUCGCGGGAAACAAAAGACCUUGGUGGCUCAAAUUGGCAACGGGAUUCACUUCGAUUGCCAUUCAUUUGCUCUCUUGGGUCUACAAAACAAUCUUCUUUUUCCUCACUCUGGGAUUCCUAAUCCUUCAGGCUUGCUGGAGAUUGUGCUUUCCGCCAUCUGCCAUGGCAGUAUCUUCUCGUGACAACACCAGUGGUAUGACCCUUCCCAUUUCCAAAAUUGAUACAGAUGCCAAUGGUACCAGCACACACAACAAUUCUCGACUGGCAGCAUUGGGGUGUUUGGUGAAGGGGUUUUACGAGCUCUUGCUCCUCCGUGGCGGAACCUGUUUGGUCGGUUGUCUGCUGGGAAUCACAAUCACAAUUGCAUGUCUGCAUUCCAUUGCCCCAUUCAUCAUCGAACCCAUUUCAGUGGGCAACAAUUUGGCGCUGUCUCUUUCUUGGAUGUGUGCCAUUGGAAUUGUAGUCUCGGCAUGUCUAAAUGGCUUUGGCUCUGUCUCGAUGCCCCAUUCGUGUCUAGCAGGUCUGUAUUUAGAUCCCAUCCGACCCGAGGCUGUCACAAAAGCAGCAGUGGACCUGCAGAAGACACAGGAAUCGCUUCAGACGCGAAAGGAACAGCUUCGAGAUAUGCGUAUGCAGCGAGUGUCACCCAAAACUGGAACCGCAACCUCCAACUCCAAGACAUCCAAAACAUCACCGACCUGGGCAACCAUCACGGGAUUGGGAAGCAAACGCAGUGUGAAACCAACCUUUUCGGGAUUAGGGGAAGAACUGAAACAGCGCAGGAAAAAACUUUUGGAGGAGAUUAGCUUUUUGGAGGCGUUGGUGGAAGAGAUGAAAGAAGACAUUGAAGAUAUGCGAUAUACACAACAAAUGGAAGCGGCUUCGAGAACGACCCUGGGGCGGGUCAAGUCGUGGGUGGGUGUGGUUUUUUCGGUGGUGCUUUUGAUUCGACUCUACUUUGCGGCAACGUCGGUCAACACCAUUUGGAAAAACGUGUAUAGUGACGACACCGAGGGCACAACCACGGGCCCCUCGACCAAGAGAGAUCCAGUCACGACAGCCUUGCUUUGGCUGUUAGGCCAUCACAUGGUCACUGAGAAGGAAUACGACGACCUGUCUCAGUUUAUUUCUCUCCUCUUGACGGCAGUCUUGAGUGUUUCUCAAGUUCGAACAUUCCUCCGAACAGUGGCUGCCAUGCAUCGUCGAUUCAACCAACUCUUCUGCCCAAGCAACAGGGGCAUGAACGGCCGACAAACUCCGCGAAGCGAUUCAGCUCUUGGUACAGUGGACGAAGGUCCUGUUCAGACUAGGACGGGGGUUUACAUGCAUAUGCUUGCUGCGCUCAUGGGUAGCUACUUUCUGGCUUGCAUUGUACUGACCAAAGCAAUGCUGCCCUGGCAAUAUCGAGCUUCUUUCUCCAGUGCUCUGGGUGGAUUUGAGGCAUUCACUAUCCAGACCGACGUGAUAAAUGCCAUGUUCGCCAUGGCGGCGAUUGUGAGUGGGUCGAUUCUGGCCAUGUUGUUUGGAAUCCAGAAACAAAACGCAGUGAGGCACAACGUUACUUGGGUGGAUGACUUGGGGAACCAAGGACGCGAUUUAGAUGUCUGAUCACUGUACAGAGAGGGUGUUGGUCAGAAGGACCACAAAAAUUUUGAAACCAUUGUAUUGAGCCGAAGCACAUUGGUGUGGGCAUGCACAACUACAUGUAUUUGGUAAACAUAGACAACUUUGCAC